CCCAGCCGGUGGGACCAGACGGGCUCCGGCGGGGCUGCGUGGGCACACGGGGACAGCGGGCUGCGCUCCGGCGCCAGCACGGGCAUCUUCACGCUGAAACGCGGGACGUGACUCAGGGAACACACAAGCUUCUUCAUCAUGGGAGCUGUAGUAGCUGAUGACGGUCCGUCAGGUGUUAAAGCCCCUGAUGGAGGCUGGGGCUGGGCUGUCCUUUUUGGCUGUUUUAUCAUCACAGGAUUCUCCUAUGCCUUUCCUAAGGCAGUUAGUGUCUUCUUUAAAGAACUUAUCCGGGAAUUUGGCAUUGGAUAUAGUGACACUGCAUGGAUUUCCUCCAUUCUGUUGGCCAUGCUUUAUGGAACAGGUCCACUUUGUAGCGUGUGCGUCAAUCGCUUCGGUUGUCGCCCUGUCAUGCUGGUGGGUGGCCUUUUUGCCUCAAUGGGGAUGGUGAUAGCUUCCUUCUGCACAAGCAUCGUCCAAAUCUAUUUAACUGCAGGUGUGAUUACCGGUUUGGGUUUGGCACUAAACUUCCAGCCUUCACUCAUCAUGUUAAACCGUUACUUUGACAAACGCCGGCCCUUAGCCAAUGGGCUAUCUGCUGCUGGGAGCCCAGUGUUUCUGUGUGCUCUCUCACCGUUGGGGCAGAUACUACAGCAUGAGUAUGGCUGGAGAGGAGGAUUCCUUAUCCUGGGUGGGAUGCUGCUCAACUGCUGUGUAUGUGGAGCACUAAUGAGACCUUUGGAGCCACCCAAAAAGGCUGAAGCUACCAAAGAGCCAGCUGAGAAGAAAGUGAAGAAAAAACUUCUGGAUUUCAGUGUGUUUAAAGACAGUGGUUUUGUCAUCUAUACGCUUGCAGCAUCUAUUAUGGUGCUUGGUCUCUUUGUUCCUCCAGUGUUUGUUGUGAGUUAUGCCAAGGAUUUAGGGUAUCAAGACACCAAAGCAGCUUUUCUUCUGACUAUUCUGGGAUUCAUUGAUAUCUUUGCUCGCCCAAUCUGUGGAAUGGUAGCUGGUCAUAAAUGGGUUAGACCACGCUGUGUCUACCUCUUCAGUUUUGCUAUGAUUUUUAAUGGCUUUACAGAUCUCAUGGGUUCUAUGUCUGUUGAUUAUCGUGGGCUGGUGGUCUUUUGCAUUUUCUUUGGCAUUUCUUAUGGAAUGGUAGGUGCUCUUCAGUUUGAAGUUCUCAUGGCUAUUGUUGGUACACAGAAGUUUUCCAGUGCUAUCGGUUUAGUGCUCCUGGCAGAAGCUGUGGCUGUCCUGAUUGGUCCACCAUCAGCAGGAAAACUCCUGGAUGCAACAGGGAGGUACAUGUUUGUUUUCAUUACUGCUGGAAUUGAAGUUACCACCUCAGCCCUUGUAUUGGCCUUGGGAAAUUUCUUCUGCAUUAAGAAAAAAUCAGAAGAACCACAUACAAAAGAAGAAGCAGCAGAAAGAGAGGAAUUAAACAAAUCUGAAAACAAAACUCCUGAAGAUGCCAAAGUGGACUCUAUUGAAGUGGAGCAGUUUCUGAAAGAUGAGCCUGAAAAAAAUGGUGAAGUUGUAACUAACCCAGAAACAUGUGUGUGAGCAUGACAAGGAACUGAAAAGUGUUUAGAAAAGAAAGAUUUUCAAUGCUAUUUAUUUUAUAAACAAAAAUAGUUUAGGGCUGGGCCAUCUGCUUUAGUAACUGGGGGCUAGUCAGCUUACCAGAUCUCUUUGGAAGCUGAUUAGCUAGACAACAUCUUAAUGGGAAAAUAGCUUUAUUGGUAAAAGGUGGAACAUUGUGGUUAUACAUUUUAUGCAAACUAAAAAGCUUUUACGAACACAAGUAGGCUCUUGUUAUGCAUCACCAGAAACUGCUCACUUGGAAGAUACAGGAAAAGCAUAUUUUCAGAAAAGUGGAAUGAUAUUUAUGUUUUCAGAUAAUAUUGAUGAAAUCACUGUGUUGUGUGGCUAAAUAUAAUUUCCCUAUGUUCUCUGUGAAGGGAAAGGAAUUUGAGAUGGGUAAUAAUCUCAGGAAUUUAAAGGUCUCCAUUAGGUUUUUGAAUUACUUACCUUUUUAGAUUUUUUUAGAUUAAUUGGCUCAGCCCUAAUUUAAUUUUGAAAAUAUCUGUAACUUUGCUUUAUGUAAAUGCAUUUCUGCCUAAACCUGUAACCUGUGGAAUUAUCAUCUGGAAAUCCUGUUUUUGGAAAGGCAUAUUACAGACAGUGUCCUCAGCAGAUCACACAAGUGGUAUUCCAAGGUAGUACUCAAAAAAGGAAACAAAAUUAGCCCACAAUUCCAUACAUUGUUUUCAGUAAAAUUUCCCUAGAGCAUUGAAAAAUAUUGCAAGUAACAUAGAGAUUAGUAGAAUAUUCUGAAAAAGUGUCCAUUUUGCAUAUAAAAGAAAUGACGGUGCAAGUUUCCAGAUGACUUACAGAGUGGAUAGACUUAGGAAAGAGACUGAACUGCUUUGAAACAUGUUAGUCAUCCAUAAAAUGCAAUGUUAGCAUCAUGGAAAGGUUUUAACAUGUUUAUUUUUGAGGUUUCUUUCUUCCCCAUUUAUCCACUUCCCUACCUCCUGGCUUAAUCUAUGGACGUUCAAAGUGCCAUUCUUGCUGUUUGAGGAAACAUGAUAGAACUGGUCAUCAUUUUUAUGAUGGCAUGGUACUGAAUAGAAAAGGAAGGCAAAAGGAAGGCAUUGUAUUUUUUUUCCCACCCAAAACCACUCAAGAAAUGUAAUUUUUUUUUACUAUAAAAUCAUGCUACUGCAUCCCACCUCUCAAAUCUUAUAAAAAGAUGUCUAGGUUUUGUAACUGCAGUAACAAUCUUCAAAACCGACUAAUGUAACAUAUUCAAUUUUCUUAGUAGUAGCAAAGGAAUAUUGGCUUUUAGGUGCCAAAAUUGUUCCACUUAAUAACUGAAAAUUGAAAGACCCUAAUCCCUUAAAACUCAGUAUCCACUUUAAAUUUUUAACAGAAACAAAGUGCCAAAACCACAAACCAUUCUCUAAUGAACGAUCUCAGAUAACAGCUUCCAUUUUGGAAGUUUCUUCAAAAUGGUUUUGCAUUUUUAGGACAACCUUGCACAGAAAUCGGAAAGUUAGAAUCAUAACUUUUAAAAGAAACGGAUGCUGCAUAAAAUAAACUGGUUUUAUAUCCUAUGUAGUGCAUUAUUUUAAAGUCUUAUUAGUUUAAUGGCAGCAAUUGUAGUGAAUGAGACUUCCCAAUUAUAACAGCUUAAUUCCUGAACUUAGCUUCAGUUUGCUAAAGACUAAAUUGGUACUUGAAACACAACACUGACAGCUCCAGAAGGCUAGAGAAAAACAGAAUCCACAGAGUAAUUUUUUGUAUCCUUGGAGGCUGCUUCAGAUGAUACAUGAAGGCCUGAUACAGCUUUCAGAUUGGAAUUCCCUGUUGUUUCAAAAAGCAGAAACUGUAAACCUUUCCAAAGAUGAAUUCAGAUUCUCAGAUAGCCAUUUUUGUCUUACUGUGUGCUUUGAUCACUGAAUUUCUUUGCUAGAUAAUGCCAUGCAGUUAUCACAGAACUAAAUGGUUAUUUCUUUGACCUCAGGUUUUGGCACAAGUUUAAGUUUCUGUCCAUUCUGCAAAUUGUCUAGACUGCUUUAUAUGUGACAGAAUGUCCUUUGUGCUUAUCAUACUGACUUUCCAGACCAUGUUUCAUUUUCCAUACCUAAUACUUUUAUGGUUAAGCUGGAAAAGUUUUAUGUUGUAAUUUUAUGUGAUUUGAGACAGAAAAGGAAGUUAGGAAGACAAGGAGACACAGCUCAACAAGAAACCAUAAAUAAUCUCAUAAGUAAAACCAGUGUUCAAAGAAAGGCCUCAUUUGCCUAUACAAGUUAUUUUCUUCAACUCAAAGAUCAAUCACUCUGACUGGGACUACCAAUGCUCUUGUGCUGUUUUCAGCACAGACCUACCAAUGGCUUGCAGUAUUUAUGACAGCAGGAGAUGCUUACUUAAUGAGAGUGGUCAAAUCAAAGGACUCCUUUAUUGACUGUGAGGAAAAAAAAGACUUAGAAUUUAAUUCACUAAGCAGUUUUAAAAAACGUAUUAGCAGUGUAAAAUCUUUUAUCAUUUUAAUUAAUUGUAAGAAGCAUCAAUACAAAGGUGAGAAACUUCUAAUGUAGCACUCUCAGCAACAUCCAAAGUGGCAGGCUUGAGGGUACUUCAGAGUUCUAGAGCCAGUUAAACUCCUUGCUCCCAUUCUGUCCCACUCAAGGGUAACACCCAAGUGUGUGCUAGCCCUCCAGUCCUCUUUCUGCUCAGCUGCCUUUAUCUUCUUGGAAAGAGAUUUGUUAUACUGAUGGGAAGGAAACCUCCAUGCCAGAUCCCGAGGCUGGACAGCUGCUGGCCACUAUACCAGACUGUGCUGAAGCAAGUACCCAACUGCUCCUAUUGACAUGGCUGCAAAAGGUUAUUGAUCUCCUGUUUUACAGACCUCUCUCCUUCCGCCCCAAUGUGUUAAAAAGUCAAAACCAACCAAAACUAAACCCCACAAGCACUAGUCCUUAGGUUCCCAGCACUGUCCAGGCAGACUCCUUUUUUAACUUAACUCUGCUUAUUGUAAAUAUUUAAAUGGAUUGAUAAAUAUUUUUUAAAAGUAUUUUGUAUAUUUAAAAGCAAGGAAUUAUUUUAAAAUUCCUCCAGCUACUUUGGUACUUUAUUUCUUUAAUCUCAAUACCACUGAGAUGCCCCUAAAAGCAGUCUGUGAGAUGUGCUCAUCCAUAUAUUUUGAGGAUGUAUACGGUCAAAGCCAUAAAGCAUUGCUAAAGAGACAUUGAUUGCUCAGGGUCAUGGGCAGAACAGUUUCAUGCAAUAUCUACCCAGAUGAACCUUUGUUCAACCUUCACCUGAUUAAAAUUUUGAGAUUUGAAAAAAGGGAAAAGGAAAAGGAAGGGAAUGUAGGUAAUUAUGCAACUAAAUUUCCAAGCAUCCCAAGAUUGUAGUUUACUCCUGCAUCAUACAGGAUACACCUUGUAUCCUGUUUUUUUGAAGAAGCAAAUGUAUUUUCUUUUGCUUCUAUUGAAGCAAAUGUAAUUUCUUUUGACACACAGUUCGUUAAUAUAUCUAAGAAGUCCAGAAAGUAAACAAUCAAAAAACCAACACAGUUUUUAAAGAUUAUUUCUCUGAAAGUAGUGAAUAGUCUUUUACUAUUACUGCAGGCUAGCAAAAUUUUUAAAGCAUUUUGGAUCUUCACACAUUCUAUAAAUUGUGUACUAUAGGAUUUAUGGUUAAAGUAUUGUAUGAUUGAUUAUGUAAAGGAUCUGAGGAAAAUAAGGGCCUGAUGCAAGAUGAAAUGUGUAUAAAUGGCAGUAAUACACAGAGAACAUAUAAAAAAGAAAUCAUGUGUUUGCACAUACAUAUUUACAUAUGUGUAUAUAUAUAUAUAUAUAUAUGCAAAAUACCCACAGGAGUAGAUUACAGUUUUCCCAUUUAUUAGACAAUGAGCAGAGUUAAAAUUUUCUUCCUUCUAUACAUAGAUUAGUUUGCUUUUUUGAAAAUUCUAAAUUAAAUAUUUUGUAGUCAUUUGAAGCCUAGAAGACCUCAGCAGAACUAGAAGUCUUAAAGUGAUGCAGCUAUUUGUUUCAAGCUAAGCCAGUUCCCUAAAGUUAAGACUUGAGAUGGAUGGUAUGAAGGUAUGGUGUAAAGGACUGGAGAGAUCUCAUGCUAAUAUUAAAUUCCAUCUACACAAACAUGUAUUUGACAAUGUAGAAUCAUUCUUUAAAAAUAAAUGAGAACAUUCCCCUAAUCAAGCAACCAAACUUCAAAACGAAAAAGCAAAAUUCACAUAUACACCUUUGGUACGUCCCAAAUAAAAUUUUAGUUUGGUAGACAAACCAUAAUCAUAAACAAUCAAUGUUUAUCAAUCAUAAAGAGAAGAAUUUCAGAAUGCAAAAUCCCUACAUGUUAUAAUGGUAAGUAUUGACUUGUGUAUGUGUGUCUGUAUCUCUUUGCCACAUUCGUCUUUAGGAUUAUGGGAAUACACUUCAAUUUUGUGCGAGAUGACAUUUUGUUUCUUGUUAAUGCACUUUAAUGUAAUGUGCAUAUUUAUACUUAGUAAUUUUUAAAUGCUUUUCUAGUAAACUGUUGCAAAUGUAGUGAAUAAAUAUCUGAUUGUCAAAAA